AUGGACCUGUGCCUGCCAGAGGCCGACGUCGACACGGCCGUCAACACCACCGAUUCGCUGUACGAGGUCUCGCCGGCCGUCAUCACCGUCCUCUCGCUCUUCUACGGGCUCAUCUCGCUGCUGGCCGUGUUGGGCAACGGCCUGGUGCUCUGGAUCCUGUGCACCAGCCGCCGCAUGCGCACCACCACCAACUACUUCAUCGGCAACCUGGCCGUGGCGGACAUAGUGAUCGGCAUGUUUUCCAUCCCGUUCCAGUUCCAGUCGGCUCUGCUGCAGCGCUGGAGCCUGCCCGACUUCAUGUGCCCCAUGACCGAGUUCUUCACCACGCUCAGCGUCAGCGUCAGCGUGUUCACUCUGACGGCCAUCGCCAUAGACCGGUACAGAGCCAUCGUCCACCGUCUGAUCAACCACCAGUCGCGAUUACGCACCAAGGUCAUCAUAGUCACCAUCUGGAUACUCGGCCUCAGCCUGGCUCUGCCUCAGGUGCUCUGGCUUCGCGUCUGCCUCUACUGGGAUGAGGCCAUCCACUCGCACAAGCUGCAACAGGGCCGCCAGCGUUAA